AAGCCUUUAAGUCCGAUGCACCUAACAAGACUAAAAACAUUGGACGUUUUAUUCAUUGACCACUAUAUAAACUUACAUCUCUCCUACAGUUCACUCAAUUCAGUAUCUGAAUGUCUCCUAUACGAAUAUCCGAAUGGCGAAAGUUGCCUUUGAGCUUGACCGAUUUGUGCAUUGAGACAACACUCCGCUGUGGACAGUCAUUUCGUUGGCGCAAAAUAGACGAUGAAUGGAACUGUGUUCUACAUGGCCGACUGCUCUCGUUGAAACAGGACAAAACUCAUCUUCACUACAAAGUGAUUUCUCCAAUUGUUCCACCAUCGUUGACACCUCCAUUAUCCGUAAAAGGCGAGCCAGAGAGCGAAAGUGAUGAUGAUACCGAAGCCCUCCUCCGACAUUACUUUAGUUUGAAGCAUGACUUAACAGCACUAUAUGACCAAUGGUCUAAUUCUGACCCUAAUUUCCGGAAGAAAGCUCCCAAGUUUACAGGAAUUAGAAUUCUAAGUCAAAGCCCAUGGGAAGCAUUAAUAGCGUUCAUCUGCAGCAGCAACAACAAUAUUUCGCGUAUCUCACAAAUGGUCCAUAAGCUCUGUAAACACUAUGGCCCGUUGAUCGGACACAUUGGUGACGAGGCCUUCCAUGAUUUCCCCACUCCCCAAGCUUUGAGCGGGAAAAAGGUAGAGGCUCACCUCAGGGAGCUCGGUUUUGGAUACCGGGCCAAAUACAUCGCCGAGACGGCUCGUAUAGUCACGGAGGAAAGACCAGCAGGAUGGCUCGAGAGUUUAAUCAAUCCUGAUAACCCGGGCUGGUCUACCAUGAAGACGGAGGAAGCCGACGGACCGCCUACCUACAGAUUCGCCCAUGAGGAACUUCUCACUCUCUCUGGCGUUGGGCCAAAGGUUGCAGACUGCGUCUGCCUUAUGGGUCUGGGAUGGGAUGAGGCAAUCCCCGUAGAUACCCAUGUGUGGCAGAUCGCUCAGAGAGAUUACAAAUUCGGCAAGGUCAAAACAAAGACGUUCUCCAAGGCCAUGUAUGACGCUGUCGGUGAUCACUUUCGGGAGAUAUGGGGUAAACAGGCAGGAUGGGCUCAAUCAGUACUCUUCACCGCAAACUUAAAGUCAUUCUCGGAACAAGCAUCGAGCAAAACCGAAGUGGUUGAUAUCAAAGUUGAAGUUAAGGAGGCUGAAGAAGAUAUCGCCACAAGCAAGCCUACAAGUCGUUCCCGAAAGAGGCGCCAGGUUGCGGUCACGGAAGUAGUCAAGACUGAAGAGCUUAACACCGCAGAACCAACACGAGCUAGCAAAAGGAGGCGAACCAGACGUUGAGAAGUUAGUUCGUGUAUCCAACCCAAUGCUGCUCAGCAACGUCGUUAGAUCUCUCUUCACUAUACUGAAAGGUACAAAUUGAUAAUGUCCGGUACCUUCCACAGUUUGCCUCUGCUUCCACGGACCUACCCAUAGGCCUUUCGAUAGUCAGGAUUUGAAAAGCAUUCACUAGAAGGCAGAAAGGAACGUCGCUAUCGGGAGAUUCGAACCAUAGUUCCAUAAAUCUAGUCAAAUGCUCAUGGGGUUAAUAACUAGAGUAUUGUAUAUACCUUAACUCAGUAGGAAUGCCAUAAUAAUAUUGGCAUUACGUCCCAACACAUGUUUAAAGGGUGCUUCCCAUCAA